GAGCAAAAAGGUGGCAAAAAGGAGGAGCCAAGUUUGCAGGCGCACCACGUUUUGGUUGCGGGCCUGAGAAUCGAAUAAGGCAGAAGCUGUUUGCACUUGGGCUUGACGAGUUCGAAACUGCGGCCCUUCGCUCUCCCCUUAUCCAAACCAUCGCCAAAAGGAGGCGAGUGAGCGUGUGUUGGGCGUGAGAGAGCCUCUUAGGAAAGGAUAAUCGCCAUGGCGACAUCCGGAGGCUGCAGCCAGAUCGCCGGUUUCUACAAGGGCCGCUGCGUCCUCAUCACCGGCGCCACCGGCUUCAUGGGAAAGGUGCUGGUGGAGAAGCUGCUGCGCUCCUGUCCCGAGAUCAAGAGUCUGUACCUGCUGAUGAGGCCGAAGCGCGGCCACGACGUGCGCGCCCGCCUCGCCGAACUCCUCAACGCUCAGAUUUUCGACGGUCUGCGGAAGGAGCAGCCCGAUGCGCUGUCGAAGCUGAUCGUGGUGGCCGGCGACAUCACGCAGCCCGAGCUGGGCAUCUCGGCGGCCGACCAGCGGCUGCUGACGGAGAACGUGUCGGUCGUUUUCCACUCGGCGGCCACGGUCAAGUUCGACGAGGCGCUCAAGUUGUCGGUCGCGAUGAACAUCCUGGGCACGAAGCGGCUCGUCGAGUUGUGCCACAAAAUGGGCAAGCUGGAGGCGCUGGUGCACGUGAGCACCGCCUACUGCAACUGCGACCGUGACGAGGUGCAGGAGCAGGUCUACGACCCCCCCGCCGACCCCGACAAGAUCAUCCAGUGCGUCGAGUGGAUGGACGAGGACCUCAUCAACGCCAUCACGCCCAAGCUGAUCGGGAACCGGCCGAACACGUACACGUUCACGAAGGCGCUGGCCGAGCACGUGUUGGUGCGGGAGAGCGGCAACCUGCCGGUGGCCAUCGUGCGGCCGUCGAUCGUGACGGCCGCGUGGAAGGACCCGAUUUCGGGCUGGGUGGACAACCUGAACGGCCCCACGGGCAUGAUCGCGGGCGCCGGCAAGGGCGUGUUGCGCACCAUCCUGUGCUACCGCGACCUCGUCGCCGACCUCGUCCCCGUCGACAUCUGCAUCAACCUCAUGAUUUCCGUCGCCUGGAACACCGCCGUCCACCGCCCCAGGGACAUGCUCGUCUACAACUGCACCUCAGGCUCUCUGAAUCCGAUCAAGUGGCACCAGGUGGAGAAGUACGGCUACCACUACCUGAUCGAGCACCCUUUCAGCGACGUGAUUUGGUACCCGAACGGAUCCUUCAAGUCGAACCGCUUCGUCAACAACCUUUCCGUGCUGGCCUUCCACAUGGCGCCCGCCCUUGUGCUCGACACCAUCGCCAGGAUCUCUGGCAAAAAGCCCAUCAUGAUGCGGGUGCAGCAGAAGCUGUCGAGGGCCGUGGCGUGCCUCGAGUUCUUCACGACGCACGAGUGGCGCUUCACCAACCACAACGUGACGCAGCUGGCGGGCCAGCUGUGUCCCCUCGACCAGCAGACCUUCAACUUCGACAUCAAGGGCGUCAACUGGGCCCAGUACAUGGAGAACUACGUGCUCGGCACCCGCCGCUUCAUCCUCAAGGAAGACCCCAGCAACUUCCCGGCCGCCCACAAACACUUGAGAAAAAUGUGGUGGGUGCACCAGCUGACGCAGGUGCUGACCCUGGCUGUGGUUUGGCGCGUGGUGUUGCUGCGGUCGUCGACGGCGCGCCGCCUCUGGUUCUCGCUGAUGAGUCUGCUGAUGCGGCUGGUGCGCGCCACCCCCCUCGCGCGCCUCGCCCCCUGACGCGAACACUGAACGCGCGCGUGUGUGGUGCAGUUUCCCAAUGACUCGAUAGUUUCCGAGCGGAAAAGAAGAAUAAACUUUGUGCAAAUCAACGCCGCCGCCAAGAAAGAAAGAAAGAAAGAUUUCUCCGAGAAAAGAAUGUGUGUCUCUCAAAUUGUGACGGCGCGCGCAGAGAAUUUUGUUAAGGGUUGUUUGUUACGCAUCCUCUCUCUCCUUUUGUAAAAUGUAUCAUUAUUAAAGUAACCCCACAUAUAUGAUUAACAAUUAAUAGAGUCCUUUGUUUAUUUUAUAUAAUAAAACGUUUUGUUUUUCGUGA